AACUGCGGCUGAAGUUUGUGCCGUACGAAAGGCAUCGUUAGGUUGAAGAUUAUACAUUUUAGGCAAAGAUGAACCCUUUAACAAAUGUAAGGAAUACUCAGGAGCUGAACAAGAAGGAGUUGGAGCUUGGACUGAUUGGAAAGAAGUCGUGGCAUGACAAGUAUAAGGACAGUGCCUGGGUAUUCCUAGGAGGACUCCCCUACGAACUCACUGAGGGCGACGUCAUAUGUGUGUUUUCACAGUACGGUGAGGUAGUGAAUGUCAAUCUGGUCCGUGACAAAGCGACUGGCAAGUUUAAAGGCUUCGGUUUCUUGUGCUACCAAGACCAGCGCAGUACAGUGUUGGCAGUCGACAAUCUAAACGGUUUCAGUGUAAGUUAUAUACUUCCGCCAAAACCGGUACAAAUUGUACUCCCAGAUCUAAAAUUGCUGACCAAGGAUGCUUUGGAGAAAUUGCAUGUUCCCUUGAGCCACAUAAAUACUGCUACCAUUAGUCUGAUUAGUAAAAGUCCGUAUUAUACUGCCACU